AUGUCGAGCCCUACAUACAUGCUGAUAUCUCUACCUACAAAUCACGACAAGCAAGAGACCUUCGGCUCCAUCAAAAGUACCAUCGGCACGGAGGCACAGCUGGUACCAUUCAAAGUCCCCGACUUCAAGAUUGGAACUCUCGAUGCCCUCGUACAGCAGGCCGAUGACUUGGCCAAGCUGGAGAGCGUCUGCGAGGCAGUCGUAGCCAAAGUUGGCGACUCGUUGAAGAACUUGCUAGAGGGCGACGAGGACAAGAUUGCGCAACAGAAGACGGUCAACGACAAGCCCGCGGACCAGUACUUGCGAAGCUUCAAUUGGAACAAGGUCAAGUACCGUACGGACAAGCCGUUGGCAGAGCUGAUCGAUUCGCUGCAGAAGGAGCUGGUCAGCAUCGACAACGAUGUUAAGAGCAAAUAUACCCAGUAUACCUCUGUUAAGACCAACCUUACAACCCUCCAGCGGAAACAGACCGGAAACCUCUCUACCAAGUCCCUCACCCCCGUCGUCGACCCGAAGCUCCUGAUCCAAGACUCCGAAUACCUUGAAACCCACCUCGUCGCAGUACCCAACAACUCCAAGAAGGAAUUCCUGAAGAGCUACGAGACGCUAUCCCCCAUGGUCGUGCCCCGCUCCUCGGUCGAGAUCACGAAAGACGACGAAUUCACGUUGUUCGGCGUCACGACCUUCAAGAAGCACAGCGCGGAGUUCCAGCACAAGUGCAGGGAGAUGAAGUGGACGCCGCGGGACUACAAGUACGUGGAGGGAGGCAAAGAGGAAGAGCGCAAGGAGAUUGAGCGGAUAGGCAGGGAUGAGCGCAAGGUCUGGGGCGAGGCGUUACGGCUGGGACGCACGGGGUGGAGCGAGAGCGUGAUGAUUUGGAUCCAUGUUCUUACCCUCCGGGUUUUCGUUGAGACGGUGCUGCGUUAUGGACUGCCUCUGGACUUUGUUUGUGGCCUGAUCAAGGCAAACUCCAAAUCGGCCAAGAAGGCAAAGCUGGCUCUAGACACAGCUUACUCAUACCUGGGAGGUAACGCAUUCGGCCGGGAUAAGAAGGGAAAGGUCACAAAGGACGACUCGACGCUGUCAUCCGACAUGGCCGCUGCUGGCGUCGCAGGCCACGGAGGUGAGGGAAGCGAGUACACCGCCUAUGUUUAUUACGACUUUCAGAUUGUAUAG